AUGGAGGACGAGGAGGAGGAUCCGGUCGAUCACAAGCUCGAGGUGGAGACGGCGUGCGCGCCCAAGUGCGAGGCGUUCGUGCGGGCGUACGAGGCGUGCGCGACGCGGAUCGAGAGCGACGAGACGGGAGAGGCGCACUGCACGGGACAAUACUUUGAUAUGUACAAGUGCGUGGACGAGUGCGCGAAGAAGGAAAUCAUGGAGAGAACCGUGUAG